GUUUAUUCUCGCUGUGGCUCAAAGGCUGCUGGGAAAUCGCCGUUUCAGGAAGCAACCAAGUUGAACUCAAGCAGAACUGGCAGGUUUGCGGGUGGAUUAACGUGAGAAACGGUUAACGGGAAGAUUCACGCAACUGCGGGCGUCUUCAAUCAUGGAGGACAUGAGCACCGUGAUGUCCUGGUUCUCCAGCCCCGUGUACAGCCGCUACUGGCAGCACUACCAGCAGGCCAUGGCCUGGCACCUGAGACACCGGCGGGCCUACAGCAAGGCCUUGGAGGCGGGCCGCGGCCACACCUACGGCCAGGAGCAGCGCUACGCGGACUGGAACGCAGGGGAGGAGGACGAGGAGGACGAAGACGGAGAGGACGAGGAGAGCAGCUCGGACAGUGAGAUCGAGUGUGACAUCAGCAACAUGGAGAUCACCGAGGAGCUUCGCCAGUACUUCGCCCAGACGGAGAAACACAAAGAGGAGCUGAAGAAGCAGCAGCAGUUGGAGGCCGAGCAGCACGACCGCUACGUGCCGGCCGACCAGGACCUUCGCGGCGUCUCCUGGCAAAGCGGCGCGGCGGCGGCGGCGCCUCCCUCAAACCGACCCGGCGAGAGACGCGGCGCGGAGAUGAAGAAGCUGUACGGCAAAGACGCGACCAAGAUCCUGGCCAUGGAGGCGGCGAUGCAGCUCAAUUUCGACCGAAAGUGUGACCUCAAACAGCCCAAGUACUGGCCCGUCAUCCCACUGAAACUGUGACGGCUGCAAAGCGUCUGAAAUAGGAGGAAAUCCCUCAUCUGAUCUCUAAUGGAUUGCGGCCGCCGCUGAUGUAGAACUAAUGGUGUGGGUUAGCUGAGGGUUACGAGUUAUUUUUUUGGGAUGCUACACACAAUGUUGGAUGUUUUGUUUUUUGUGGAUUUGCACGUUUACAGAAGGUAUUUUUAACCGGAGCAUCAAAGCAUGCAGCGCGACCGUUUAGCCGCGACGCGCUACGUCGUCCUUCCAUCAUUGUUUGUCGGCUGAGGUCGAGAGGUGCAGAACCCGUAGGUGACGUGAACGUGCUCGGUUCCCCUUAAUCGGUUCCUGUGUUCCCUCUGCAGCUCGGCGACGUUACAUCCUGCAGUCGCUCCUCUUGUGCCUGUCGACUUAGUUUAACCACAAAAACAUGUCCGGCCUCCUUCCUCUGUUUCCCGCAUGGCUGCGUCUGAUUAUUCAACAAACACGAAGAGUGAUUUGUUGUUGUUGUUGUUGUUGUUUCUAAACUGUGUCUCUCUGAUUCUGACAUUUCAUCAGCUUCAAAGCCGUUGGUUUGGUUUCUCAGGAGGGACGUUGACUAUUCUCUUUUAUCUCGUGCUUCACCACCCAGCCCCCCCCCCCCUUUUUUUAAGACUGAAGGAUGUAUAUUUUAAUAAAAUAAAGUGUUUUCUUUUUUGGAUUAAACCUGCUUUG